CAGCUGAUUGAUGAAUCAAAGGGCUGAUGGGCUGAAAAAGUAAAAGAGAAGUGUUGUGUUCGAGUUAUCAUUUUCAUAUUACGUGAUAUUUUUUCACAAUCGUAUUAAUUAAAUCAGCGUUUAUAAUUACGAAUGACAGUUGAAAUCGUAAAUUGCAUUAUCGCGGUCGUUUAACGUAUCGACGAUUAUUAAACUAGUGAAAAUGUGAUCAACCCGAUAUCGAGUAGAAUGCGUAAUAAAUCAUAACUCAGCUAUCGCAUUUCCGUAUUUUGAUCAACGAAUUGUAAAAUAUGAGCUUCCUAUUUGGAAGUCGAUCUUCCAAAACUUUCAAACCCAAGAAAAACAUCCCCGAAGGAACUCAUCAAUAUGACUUAAUGAAACAUGCAGCUGCGACAUUGGGUUCGGGGAAUUUACGUCUAGCUGUGAGUCUACCAGAAGGAGAAGAUUUGAACGAAUGGGUAGCCGUCAACACUGUGGACUUUUUCAACCAAAUCAACAUGUUGUACGGAACGAUUACUGAAUUCUGUACCGAAGAAAGCUGUCCUAUUAUGUCGGCUGGACCGAAAUACGAAUACCAUUGGGCAGAUGGACAUACCGUCAAGAAACCUAUAAAAUGUUCCGCACCGAAAUACAUAGAUUAUUUAAUGACUUGGGUUCAAGAUCAGUUGGACGACGAGACGUUGUUUCCUUCGAAAAUCGGGGUACCUUUUCCUAAAAAUUUCCUCUUGAUAGCGAAAACUAUUUUAAAGCGUUUAUUCAGAGUAUACGCUCAUGUUUACCAUCAACAUUUUACCGAAGUUGUGCAACUAGGAGAAGAAGCGCAUUUAAAUACAUCCUUCAAACAUUUUAUAUUUUUCGUACAAGAAUUUAGCUUGAUAGAAAGAAGAGAACUAGCUCCUUUACAAGAAUUAAUAGAGAAGCUUGCUGCCAAAGAUGCACGAUGAAUUUGUCUACUGGUUUUAACACUUUUGUUAUAUCGAAUCGGAAGUAAAACCUUGAGUAAAAAUAUGUAAAAUUCAAGCACCGUAGGAUUUUAUUAUUUAUCGUGUGGAUGUUUUAAUUUUAUCAGCCAUGUUGUAACGUAUCGUGUUUUGUUUUUAAAUUAAUGAUAUUACCGUAUAAUUUUUUUAUUAGUUUACGGUCUAUACACAAAAUGUCAGCAUUUAUGAUUUCGAUGCACACUAUUAAAUAUAGAUUCUGAUCAUUAUUUUAUCAUCUCAACUGUUACUAUUAUUCGUGUACUUAAAGUUAUAUUUUUAAGAUAAUUAUGUAGCCUUUUUAAAAAUAUCAAUUCUUCGUUAAAUUUG